AUGGGCAGAUGCCAUUCCAGGCUGCCCCAGGUGGGAAAACCCCUGAGGCCUCAGCAGAAGGAUCUGCUCAAAUCCCUCCGGAUCAUCUUCGUAAUGGGAGGACCAGGCUGUGGCAAGGGGACACAAUGUGAGAACAUGGCAGCCAAGUACGGCUUCUGCCACGUGGGUCUUGGGGAGCUAUUGAGGGAGGAGGCAAAUCAGGCCACUGUGCGGGGCCAGCAGAUCCGGGACAUCAUGCUGAAGGGCCUGCUGGUGCCCACGGGUGUGAUUCUGGACAUGGUAAGUGACAACAUCUUGUCCCGACCGGAGAGCAAAGGCUUUCUCAUAGAUGGAUUUCCCCGGGAGCUCAGCCAAGCCAAGGAAUUUGAACGCAUUGUAAGUGUAAAGAGAAAAAAGUUGGUCAGCAGAAGACCUUGGCUGAAGAGCAUGUACCCAGCCAUGGCCUCUCAGUCCUUUGGGGUGGAGGAUCUAGAAUUCUGGGAGCUAAAGGCAAUUUCCCAGAUGUAG